AUGAUCCAUCAUCGAUCUUUGUGCCGUCUAAAGCGGAAAUCAUUCAUAUUGCCGGAGAAAAAGGAACGAGAGGAGAGAGUCAACGCCGUUGGCGGUAAUCCGCUUUUACCGAGAGUCGGCUGGAGUCAAGUGAGGCGCAAGAAGACGCCGCGGAAAUUUAAUCCGAGGUUAAGGCUUCUCGUGGUCGGAUGUAAGCCAGGCAUUAGAGGCGGAUUUAAGGCGAUAAUUAAGAUCGAAAUGCGCGAGGCAUUCGACGUAGGUGGCUGUAAUUUGCUCUCGUACGGGAGCGCGCCGAACCGACCGAUCUACGUCGAUCCUGGCCUCGAUUCCUCAAAUCAAAUCGUCGCUGCUGAUUCGUCAUCUUCUCGACGAACGAGCAGCAAGAGUUGA